AUGUCGCCGCCUCCGAGAGCGAAGACGACGGGACCUUCUCUUCCCGAGUCCGAACCAGAGGAUGACGACUCGGACGACGAGGAUUAUGUACCACAGCCAAGUGCGCGGGGUAACAGAAAGCGCGCUGAUGCUCCAAAGUCAAAGGGAAAGAAGAUAAAGAAAAUUUUGCUUCUGAAUCUGAGAAAUCUCUCCAAGGUAUCAUUGAGCAUUCUAUAUGAGAUAUUUUCCUACCUAAGCCCACUGGACCUUCUCAACAUCGCACGUUCAAACAAAGCCAACAAAGCCUUUCUGUAUUCGCCAGAACGCAAGUCGCUCUGGAAAGCCGCAAGGAGGAACUUUCCUGGGCUGCCAGACUGUCCUGCGGAUAUGACGGAGCCUCAAUAUGCAUUUCUAGCAUUUGGGGAGGAGUGCCAUGUACCGGAAUGCGAUACAAGGCUACCAAAGAAAUUGCAUACCAUCUGGUCGGGGCGCACACGCUUGUGCACAAGAUGCGUGCGUGGGAGGUUUGGGCCAGCAUACAUAAACGGGAAACCGCGAGGCUCCGAUUCCGAGUUCUAUAGCAAAUUAAAGCCUCUGCUCGAUUUGCUUCCUACUGUACGCAUGCCCAACGGUAAUAUCUACAUCUGCGUCUCAACAUCCAAUGACUGGUUUUUUGAAUUAAAAUUUUUUCAUCACACUAAUAAGAAGGUAUGGAUCGAGACUAUGGUUGCGAAAUGGUCUGCGAUCGCUGAGCAUGCCAAAGCUUGCGAAGCCUGGGAGAAGCAGCGCUUAAAUGCAGCCCACGACUCGAAGCUAAAUCCUUUCAACGCCCGUGUCGAUGCGAUUCUUGACCGUCUUGAAAACAUGGGAUGGGAGGCUGAAGUCCUGGAUAUCAGAAAUACAGACGACCCAAACCGUAGACAGGCUUUCUGCGAGCUCCCUCUUAUACGAAAGCUCUGCAAGAGGGAUCUCACAGAGCAAAUUUUUAAAAACAAAUGGGCUGAGCUUGAAGAAUACAUGAAAAUGUACAGUUCAGAUAUGCACAUCCAGCGCCGGCAGUAUAUUCUCAGCUCCCGAAUCCCACAUUUGAACAAAAUCGUUACAAACUACAGUGCAACAGUACCACCCACCGAAGUCGCCCCAAUGGUAGGCGACUUCUUCACAAACAAAGACGUCUUCGACUUCCUGCUCAGCACACCCAACAUCACGGGCCCAGCGGACUUCGCACCGCUCAUCGCACGGCUCCCCACGCUCGCCCAGGAGGUCAUAGCGCGCAUGCACACAAAGCUGCUCAGCGUCAUCGCUGAGACCGCAGGCAAAUUCGCCGCGGCACCGCAGGAUAAGGUGCUAGAUCUCGCGACGACAACAUUCGAAUGCAAUCAGUGCUACGAAGGCUGGGUUUACACAGCGAUGCCGCUGCGCUACCCACGGGUGCUGACCCACAAUCACACGACCCAUGGCCACGUCUCGCCCUGGAGCCUGGAGCCUCGCCAGAAGGAGGAAGCCGACUUGGAUUUGCUAAAAGAUGUGAUAGAUGUCGUGCCGUGGAAUUGGCAUGAAGUUGUGACGUUUGAUAAGGACGCUGCGAAUGUGUUGGAGAGCGUAAUUCAGAUGUGUGGGUUGGAUCCGAAGACGACAACGACAAAGGAGAUGGACGAGUUGGAUCCAAUUAUCGAGUGUCUGUCGUGCAAUAAUUUAACUAAAGGUAGGAUGGUUAUGAGGUGGCAGCUAAUAUCUUUCCAUCACAGAGGUUGUCAUCAGAAAUUCAGCUUCGCAUAUCCUAUGGAGAUUCGAAUUCUAGAAGGCGAAGAUGCAGAGACGAUCAGGGCCCGGCUGAACAAGGAAGAAGAACUCAGGCGUGCAGCGGCCGAUUACGAAGGUUUGGCUUGCGCCCGAUGCUUCAAGCCAGGCAAUACUGUCACCCUCAGAAGGCCAUCGGCAAAAGUGACCAAGUCCCCAAAUGCCUUAGUAAGGCAUUUGGGGACGCCCAAAGGCCCCAAGGCGCAAAUGGCCUUUUAUAUCGACUAA